GACACUGCCGUGCGCCAAUACGCCGUCGCUACCGAGUGAAGUGCGUCUCUUUGGAGCAGAUACCGGCUGAGAGAGAAACGCAGCAGCAAGAGAAAGGAAUAUAAUCGGGGCUGGUUUUCCACCUGGACUGUCUCCGAGCACCGCGCGUCCCCUCCGGUACUCACGAUCCGACCCGCAAACUCGAUGUGGACGCUGGGCUGAAGGAAGAAAGGGCCACGCUGGGGAAGGCAACUAGCCGAUUUACCAAACCGAGCUCGUUGGUGUAGCUUAGUUGCCUCCCAAGCGACGCUUUAAAGAGAGAGAGAGAGAGAAAAAAAACCCCCAGAGCAAAGAAGGAAGGAGCGGGUUGCAUUAAGCCCAAACAGAGGAGAAAAUGGACUAUGAUUUCAAAGUGAAGCUGACCGGCGAAAGAGAGCGUGUCGAGGACCUGUUUGAGUACGAAGGAUGCAAAGUGGGUAGAGGCACCUACGGUCAUGUUUACAAGGCGAAGAGAAAAGAUGGGAAGGAUGAUAAGGACUACGCCCUCAAGCAGAUUGAAGGCACUGGCAUCUCCAUGUCAGCCUGCAGAGAGAUUGCACUGCUGCGGGAGCUGAAGCACCCCAACGUCAUCUCACUGCAGAAGGUUUUCCUGUCACACGCAGACCGUAAAGUAUGGCUGCUCUUUGACUACGCCGAACACGAUCUCUGGCACAUUAUUAAGUUCCACAGAGCGUCCAAGGCCAACAAGAAGCCACUUCAGCUGCCUAGAGGGAUGGUCAAGUCUCUGCUCUACCAGAUCCUGGAUGGCAUCCAUUACCUUCAUGCCAACUGGGUCCUCCACAGAGACCUUAAACCAGCUAACAUUUUAGUGAUGGGGGAAGGGCCAGAGAGGGGUAGAGUAAAGAUAGCGGACAUGGGGUUUGCCCGUCUCUUCAAUUCACCACUGAAGCCUUUAGCCGAUCUUGACCCUGUGGUGGUCACCUUCUGGUACAGAGCACCUGAACUACUGCUUGGGGCUCGGCACUACACCAAAGCCAUCGACAUCUGGGCGAUUGGCUGCAUCUUUGCAGAGCUGCUGACGUCUGAGCCCAUAUUCCACUGUCGCCAGGAGGACAUCAAGACCAGUAACCCAUAUCACCACGACCAACUGGACCGCAUCUUUAACGUCAUGGGCUUCCCUGCUGAUAAAGACUGGGAGGACAUCAAAAAGAUGCCAGAACACUCCACGCUGAUGAAAGACUUUAGGAGGAACACAUACACAAACUGCAGCCUUAUAAAGUACAUGGAAAAACAUAAAGUCAAACCAGACAGCAAAGCAUUCCACUUGCUGCAGAAGCUGUUGACCAUGGACCCAAUCCGUAGAAUCACAUCUGAGCAGGCCAUGCAGGACCCUUACUUUUUGGAGGAGCCCCUGCCUACCUCUGAUGUGUUUGCAGGCUGCCAGAUUCCCUAUCCCAAGAGGGAGUUCCUGACAGAGGAGGAGCCAGAAGACAAGGCAGACAAAAAGAACCAGCAGCAGCAACAGGGAAACAACCACACGAAUGGGGCGGGGCACACUGGCAACCCUGACAACAGCCACGCCCAGGGCCCGCCUCUGAAGAAAGUGCGAGUUGUCCCGCCCACCACUACCUCAGGUGGCCUCAUCAUGACCUCAGACUACCAGCGCUCCAAUCCACAUGCUGCCUACCAGAACCCUGGACCAAGCACAUCACUGCCCCAAAGCAGCAUGGGAUACUCCUCUACCUCCCAACAGCCGCCCCAGUACUCCCACCAGACCCACCGCUACUGAGACACCUCUCCCACACACAUACGUACAUACCUAUACAUACAAACAUAUACACGCAUACACAGCCCUCACCAUGCCCACCUGAACGAAUGUACUGAGGGAUGUGGGGAUGUCCAAGGAAACAAACCCCCCCAACCCCACUUUGCCCACAGAGGGCACCUUGUCUGCAGCAGUCUGUUAGUUCAGAACAACAACAAUCUACACUUCUUCAAGAUAACACACCAUAACCCCAGAAUUAGAAACACUGCUUUAGAGCAAAAACACAAGGCGGGAGGAUGAGAAGAAUGGAUACUGUGGUGAAAUCCAAACUGUUUCUGUUACUCAAACCAGCCUAGAGAAGGUGGCUUGGUUUUGGGGGGGAGGGGGACACAUGUUAACCUGUUGUGUCAUCUCCUCUCCUCAUCUUCUCCACCUGUGUCCACACCUCCACCUACGCCCUACCCCCCUUUCCCGUCGAAGUUUGGAUGAGACUGAAAGCUGCUAUGUGACUGCCAGCGGUGACAGAUUCCCUGUCCGACUGUCCUCUUGUGUGUCUGUCUGUCUGUCUGUCGGUUGUUUAUUUUGUGUGUGUGUGGCCCCGUGAGGGCCUCAGCUGAGGACUGAACUGAGCUGCUGUGAAGCAUGCUGGGAGGAUGCGGAGCCCCCACAGCUGUGGCAUUGAGGGUUUUCUGAAAGGACAAAAAAAGAUGACAAAAAAGAUUUUAGUAGUUUAUAAUUUAAUCUGUUUUAAUGGUUUUGUUUUCAUGGCAAGAGUGGCAAAGCAGCUCGCGCUGACUGAGCGCUCAGCUGCUGUAUGCUGUGGGCAAGCCUUACAACAUGAUGACAAAACCAACCAAUCGCAUGGAGGAUGGCAGAUGGAACAUGCAUUGUACUGUAUUGUAUUGAAAUAUUUUACAUGAAGCAAGUACCCUGACAAUAAAAGUGGAAACAUUGAUAUUUUGGGAGUGAGUAUGUGCAAGCAGCUGAUCAGUGAUGUAAACGAGUAUUCGACUUUUGCACCUUAAUGACAUCUUCCUUUCUUCCUUUCUUUUCUUUUGAUUCACAAAGCUAGAGCUGCUAACUUUUUCUCAAGAAUUCAUGUAAAUCGUAUUCGCUUGCAGGAACUGCAUUAUGUAAUUUUUGGAAGAAUCUGUUUUUAAUGGUGACAUUCAUCUUUAUGCUUAUAACAACAUCGAGUGUCUGAGAAAGCUCACAUGGUCAUUUUUCAUAUUCUUAGCUGACUCAUUGUCCUUAUAAUGGCUCUUUGAUAUGCUAACCUGAAAAUGU